AGAGAGCCUGCCAGCCAUGACCGGAGCGCCUGCCCUAGCCCUGCUGCUGCUGGGGCAGCUUCUGACGGCCACCUCUGCGCAGAAAGUGGGACCUCGAGGCCCCCCUGGUCCUCAAGGGCCUCCUGGCAAGCCUGGCAAGGAUGGCAUCGAUGGAGAAGCUGGACCUCCAGGUCUGCCUGGCCUUCCAGGACCCAAAGGAACCUCAGGGAAGCCGGGGAAGCCAGGAGAGGCAGGACUGCCAGGACUGCCUGGCGUGGAUGGUUUGACGGGGAAGGAUGGACCUGCAGGACCCAAAGGCGCCCCCGGGGAACGGGGAAGUCUGGGACCCCCAGGGCCGCCAGGACUUGGGGGCAAAGGCCUCCCUGGACCUCCUGGAGAGGCAGGAGUGAGCGGCCUCCCAGGUGGGAUCGGUCUGCGUGGUCCCCCGGGACCCUCUGGACUUCCAGGCCUGCCUGGCCCCCCAGGACCUCCUGGACCUCCUGGAAACCCUGGAGUCCUCCCUGAAGGUGCUACUGAUCUGCAAUGUCCUGCCGUCUGUCCUCCAGGCCCUCCAGGGCCCCCGGGAAUGCCUGGGUUCAAGGGGCCUACUGGCUACAAAGGGGAUCAAGGAGAAGUUGGCAAAGAUGGUGAGAAGGGUAAUCCUGGGCCCCCUGGGCCUCCUGGCAUUCCAGGCACCGUAGGGCUACAGGGCCCACGAGGAUUACGAGGACUUCCAGGGCCUCUUGGGCCCCCUGGGGACCGGGGUCCCAUUGGGUUUCGGGGGCCACCUGGGAUCCCAGGACCACCUGGGAAAGUGGGUGACAGAGGUGAAAGGGGUCCAGAAGGGUUCCAUGGACCUAAGGGUGACCUGGGCAGGCCUGGUCCCAAAGGAAUCCCUGGAGUGCCCGGACCAGGUGGAGAACCAGGCAUGCCAGGCAAGGAUGGCCAGGAUGGUGUGCCAGGACUUGAUGGCGAGAAGGGAGAGGCUGGUCGCAAUGGUGCCCCAGGAGAGAAAGGCCCCAAUGGGCUGCCGGGGCUCCCUGGACGGGCAGGGUCCAAAGGCGAGAAGGGAGAACUGGGUAGAACUGGGGAGCUGGGUGAGGCUGGCCCCUCUGGAGAGCCAGGUAUUCCUGGAGAUGUUGGUGUUCCAGGGGAGCGUGGUGAGGCUGGUCACAGGGGCUCAGUGGGGGCCCUUGGCCCACAAGGUCCUCCUGGUGCCCCUGGUAUCCGUGGUUUCCAGGGCCAGAAGGGCAACAUAGGAGACCCUGGCCUUCCAGGCCCGCAAGGCCUACGGGGUGAUGUGGGUGACCGGGGUCCAGGAGGCGCCACAGGCCCUAAGGGAGACCAGGGCAUUGCAGGUUCUGAUGGUCUUCCAGGGGACAAAGGAGAGCUGGGUCCUAAUGGCCCCGUUGGACAAAAAGGAGAGUCUGGCAGCCGAGGGGAACUGGGCCCCAAAGGCAUCCAGGGCCCCAAUGGCACCAAUGGAGUCCAGGGUGUACCUGGUCCUCCAGGCCCACUGGGCCUCCAGGGGGUGCAGGGUGUCCCAGGCAUCACAGGGAAGCCUGGCGUUCCGGGCAAGGAAGCCAGUGAACAGCGCAUCAGGGAGCUGUGUGGAGGGAUGAUCAGUGAGCAAAUUGCACAGUUGGCUGCACACCUGAGGAAGCCCUUAGCACCAGGCUCCAUCGGCAGGCCUGGUCCAGCUGGACCCCCAGGUCCCCCAGGCCCUCCAGGCUCCAUUGGCCACCCUGGCGCUCGAGGUCCCCCAGGAUAUCGUGGUCCCACUGGGGAGCUAGGAGAUCCUGGACCUAGAGGGAGCCAAGGUGACAGAGGAGACAAGGGCGCAACAGGUGCAGGGCUAGAUGGGCCUGCUGGCGACCAAGGGCACCAAGGGCCUCAAGGUGUGCCUGGCAUCAGCAAAGAUGGUCGAGAUGGUGCACAUGGUGAGCCUGGUUUUCCUGGUGAUCCCGGCCUUCCUGGAGCUGUUGGUGCUCAAGGAACCCCAGGAAUUUGUGACACCUCAGCCUGCCAAGGAGCUGUGUUAGGAGGAGGUGGGGAAAAGUCAGGGCCUCGGAGCUCAUAAACAAGAACUUAAGU